UGCCCUGUCACGCGCUGUUAGUAAAAGUUGGGAUAGAAGCUCGAGACAGAGCGAGAGGCGAUAAUUUUACCUACCGUCCUGUACCGUCGCCCAGGCAACAGCACCGGCACACCGGACACGGCCGCUCGUCCGCAGCGAAGCGCAGGAGAGCACGAAGCGUGAGCAGUAAAACUCUGGGAAGAGAAGCGCUUCGGAAUACGGGAGCGAGGAUUUUAAUGUAGGCUGUGGGUCCGCAAAACCGGGGGCAGAAAUCUUGCGGAGCGACGACCACGAAAAAGUUUUGUUUUUAAAUGUUGUGAGGAGUCCUGCGGCGGGGCAUUGCUGAGCAGAGUGACGGGCGAGCCCGAGCUGUCAAACCCGAUGACUACUGCAAACUGCAGCGGCAAUGAGGAGCUGGACUUCAGGCUGAUCUUCGGGGAGGACGGGCAGCAGCAGGCGCUAGGCCCCGCAGAUCUCGAAACGGAUGACAGCACAUCCUUCUACAUCUUCAACGUCGAUCAGCCCCAGUCUGUGGUCAACCAGCCCAUCGGGAUCCCUCGUCAUGGCCUGCAGUCUCACUCUCCUGUUAUUUCACCGCCACCUCGGCUGCAGGCACACAAGAACUAUGACCCCAGCUGUGACGUCCAGGGCACCAAGUACAGCCCCAUGACCGGACCCAAAGCCUUCGAGUGCCCAAGCAUUCAAAUAACCUCCAUUUCUCCCAAUUGCCACCAAGGCAUUGAGGCAAAUGCAGUUGAACUUCAAGCUAAUGGCCCGGAGAGUGAUUACCAUGAUAGAACUUUAUCAAGGGACCAUCUCUAUCUUCCUCUUGACCACUCUUACAGGGAUUCUUCCUUAAGCCCCAGCCCUGCCAGCAGCAUUUCUUCCAGGAGCUGGUUCUCGGACGCUUCCUCGUGUGAGUCCUUCUCCCACGUGUAUGAUGAUGUUGACUCGGAGCUCAACGAAGCGGCCGCCCGCUUCACACUGGGCUCCCCACUGGCCUCGCCCGGCGGCUCCCCCAGGGCUUGCGCCGGGGAUGAGCCCUGGCAGCCCCAUUACACUUUCACCCACUCGCUGUCCCCCAGGCAGUCCCCCUGCCACUCUCCCCGAACCAGUAUCACAGACGAGAACUGGCUGAGUCCAAGGCCAGCUUCUAGGCCCUCUUCCCGGCCCACCUCGCCGUGUGGGAAGAGGCGCCACUCCAGCGCCGAUAUCUGCUACCCCAGCUCCCUGUCACCCCACCACUCCCCAAGUCCGUCCCCCGGCCACUCCCCUCGUGGCAGUGUGACCGAGGACACGUGGAUAAGCAGCCCCUCCCUGCACAACCCGGCAGGGCUCAGCCCAGGCGUCUCGUCCUUCCAGUGCUGCCCCUCAGAGGCAGACAUUCCCUCCAAAACCAGGAAGACCUCUCAGGAUCAGACGGCGAUAUUGCCAGGGAAGGGGGAGCACUGCCUGGAAGAGCCAGGAAGCAUGUCUCCCUCUCUGGAAUCCCCUGUGGACGACCCCGCUCACAGUCUGAAGAAGGACGGGCCAGGAGAGCAGUUCCUUUCUGUCCCUUCUCCCUUCACUUGGAACAAACCAAAACCAGGCCAUACGCCUAUUUUUCGGACUUCGUCCUUGCCUCCACUGGACUGGCCCCUGCCCAGCCAGUUUGGGCAGUACGAGCUGAAAAUCGAGGUCCAUCCCAAGACACACCACAGAGCUCAUUAUGAGACCGAGGGGAGUCGAGGGGCAGUUAAAGCAGCUUCUGGGGGACAUCCUGUGGUCAAGCUGAUAGGCUACAAUGAGAAGCCUGUUAACCUACAGAUGUUCAUUGGAACAGCUGAUGAUCGCUACUUAAGACCACAUGCCUUCUACCAGGUGCACAGAAUCACCGGGAAAACUGUCGCUACAGCUAGCCAGGAAAUCAUAAUCGCCAGUACAAAGGUUCUCGAAAUUCCUCUCCUUCCCGAAAACAAUAUGUCAGCCAGUAUUGAUUGUGCAGGAAUUCUGAAGCUGCGGAACUCGGAUAUAGAGCUUCGUAAAGGAGAGACGGACAUUGGAAGGAAGAACACGCGUGUGCGAGUCGUGUUCCGUGUACACAUCCCACACUCCAAUGGCAAAGUUGUCUCCCUGCAAGCUGCCUCCAUCCCUGUGGAAUGCUCCCAGCGGUCAGCACAGGAGCUUCCCCAGGUGGAGAAGUACAGCCUGAACAGCUGCUGUGUCAGUGGUGGGGAGGAGAUGGUCAUCACUGGGUCAAAUUUCUUUCCAGAGUCCAAAGUCGUAUUUCUAGAGAAGGGGCCUGAUGGACGACCUCAGUGGGAAGUAGAUGCAAAAAUAGUGCGAGAAAAAAGUCAAGGGGCUACUAUUGUCAUUGAGGUCCCUCCGUACCACUGUAAAACUGUGACGUCUCCGGUUCAGGUGCAGUUUUAUGUGUGUAAUGGGAAAAGGAAAAGGAGCCAGUCCCAGCGCUUCACAUACUUGUCAGUUCUUAUCAAGCAGGAGCACAGAGAUGAUCUAGACUUGCCUACCGUCUCAUCUGUGCCCAUGCAUAUGGCUCAUGCUGCCAGCAUCCCUGUCCUUCACCCUGUCAGGACGCAGCUGCCUUCGCCUGACCAGGGCCACCCUCAAGACGGCAUGCUCUCCUCCUCUCCCCGCGGUUUGGUCCCCGCUCUGCCCCCCCAGCAACAGCCUGCCUACACCCCUAUGGGCCCCUCAGCCCUGCAGCACUGCCAGAUGAUUAGCACUCCUCUGGUGCAUCAGACUUUCCAUGCCACCCCAGCCCCACCGCUGAGGCCUUCCUACCAGCCUAUGCAGUCUGAGUUGGCAUACAAUGGACAACCAGGUCUUCCCAUGAACUCCGCCUCAACCCAGGCCUACGAGCGGAUGUCCUUCCAGUCCGAGUCAACUGCGCCUCACCCUCUCAGCCUGAGUUGUCAGUCCAUGGUCUACCACUCUCCAGCCUCAUCUUCUGCCUCCAACUCCACUCCUCCACCAACCAGUGGCCACCCACUGGCUCACCCCACCCCUCAUCUGCAGUCCCUCGGCUUCCACUGUCCCAACCCAGCCCAGGUCUCUUCUCCAACUGGCACCCACUCCCUUGGCCAGCCUUCACCACAGUUGCAGUCUUUGGGUUACAGCUCUAGCCAGAGGUCUGCCUCCUCUCCCUCUCCUACCACCUCCCUCCCCAUGGUACCGUCCCCACACUCCGGGCCAUCCUCCCCCCAGAUGCACCAACUGCCCUACCAGUCCCCUACUCCGGGGACAGCCUCCUCUCCCUCACCCACCUCUGGCAGCCAAAUGGUGCACCUGCCAUGCUCCGGCCAGCCCUCCCCUCAAGCUCACAGCCCUGGAAUGGCCAGCCUUUCUGCGCCAGGCUCCCUGGUACAUGCUUCAGCCCCACAGCCAUCCUUCCCUCAUGAGGAGGAAAGUCUGAACAUCAAGCAGGAGCCCGAGGACACAGAGCUCACCUUCCGCUCCAUUGGCCUGCAGGACAUCACGCUGGACGACGUCAAUGAGAUCAUUGGCAGAGACAUGUCCCAGUCGCCUGGCUCUCAUGGUACAUCAGGCACGCACACCCAGUCCUAGCCUUCCUGCCGAAGACACGGCCCAAGCACAAGACAGGAUCCUCUGUCCCACCUGAUUCACCAUGUGCUUCCAACACUGUGGCCUGUACCAACUGGAACACCACAGCUCUGUGGCUCCUCAAACCACACACCCUGCGCUGAAAGGAGCUGAGAUACCAAUGCGUGGCGAAUGUGUGUGCUUGUAUGGUUUGUGCACACAAAAUGUUACCAUGAGGCUGUGGGUGUCCUCAGUCAGCUUCAUUCUAGAUUGGUGCUUCACUGAAUUACACAAUUUCUGUGAGGCUGCCUGACAGUGCACAGGGCCAACAGGCACACCAGUGUACAGCGGGAAAGAGGCUGACGCCCUCUCCCAGAAGCUGCCACACUCUCGCAGCUCACAGUCUGAACCUCUUUGAAGCAAGUUACCUGGUAGCCACAGUCUCAGUUUGCCGUUUUGAAAAUCUGCAAGGUAGCUAGAAAAAACGAAUGCAUUGAAAAUCACAUCAAAAACUGGCAAAUAGUUUCCAUUUUAAAAUUACGCCAGUUGAGUCUAGUCCAUUUUUUGAAUGUGUAGGUCGUUAAAAUUUCUCCCUGACCUUACUGUUUGAAUUAUUGUUGAUCAGCUGUGUUUUAGUAUGCCUGAUGAUGAUUGUGAGGUUUUUGUGUCUUCUAAGCAUAUAGAUACACUAUAAGUAAAAAUCUUGCGUGAUGUGCUUAUAGCAGCAUUUAAAUCAGGCUGUUGUGACUGGAGCGCUAGUAUGCAGUGUGGUCUUAUUACCUUGCUGUAGGUGAGGCAGUCGGGAUAGGGGUGAGGUUCCUGAGGCUAGGGUUCUGCUGUCCUCAUGUUAAAGUCUCUUUCAGGACAUAGAGUGCUUCAGACAGCAGCUAUGCUAUUCCCAGGGGCCUGAGAUGCUGGGACAUUGACGGUUUUAAAACACACUUUGUAUCAUAUUUUUGUUCCUUUAGAGCUUUUGCCCUCUAGUGUCUUUUAGGAUGUGGGGGCAUAGUAAAUCCUUCCUGACUCUUCAAGUUGUCAGCCAACACCCCAUAAAGUUUUAGCUUGAGCAUAACGUAGCCAAAUGUAGAACCGAACUUAUGUCAAAGCUCACUGUACACGCGUGUGUGCACAGGUUGAAAAAUAGCCAUGGGUUUGAAUAUGAAACAGACCAUUCCAUCAUGGAGCUGCACUGGGAUUUGUACAAUGCCACAUUCCAGACUUUAAGUAUUUUUAAAAUUUGUAGAUAUUUUUUCAGUACUUCAGGUAGCACAAAUGCCUUAUAAAGAUAAAAUAGCUUUGAAAAAAAACAUUAAAAGCUUUUAAUAAAAAUAGAUUUUUUGUAUAGGAAAACUUUGAGCUGUGUUUAAGCUUUAAAAACAAUUAAAAAAUUAGUCAAAGCUAUUUUUAGAUGUAGAUAUUUUCAUAGUUUUGCAGAGAAUUGUCAAGCUCUUAUGAUGUGCAUUGAUCACUGUUAGUCCCACAAUAACUGUCAGUACAUAAUUUCCUUGAAUUAAGAAACAGCCAUAAAAUAGUGUUUAUUUCAAAAUGCAGUAACUAGUUACCUUCCUAACAUGUCAAGAUCACAGAAAGUUUGAAUUCUGAAGCAGUUGGCCAAAGUUUGCCUUUGACAGCUUGCUGUCAGAUGGCCUAUAGUAUUGGUCAACUCCUUUCUGUGAUUUGUUUCAGCCAUGCAAUAUUUAAUCCUGGUGUACAGGAACAUUUAAGUGUGCCUUUCAGUUUAAACAAACAUUAGUGUACUUAACUGUAAGUAAUUAAAAGGAUGACCCUUAUGUCUGUAUAAUAAGCUGGAAUUAAAUACAGGCAAAAUGAUAGAAAAUAUUUAAUUCUAUGAACAAUAUAAUGCUAAGCACAAAGAACAAACAUCCCACUGCAUUACUACUGCAUUCAUUUUGAAUCUGUUCAACAUCACUUUUCCUUCCCUUGGCCUGUGAGAUUCUCCAGUAAUUUUUCAUUUGUGUUAUGUUAGAAGGUAAACAUUAAACAGUUCUACAACAAUACUGUGUGACAUGUGAAAAUAACUAAGAACCUAAUGUUUAAAUAAUGCAAAAUAAACUAAAUAACAUGGCUACUAAUAGUUUCAAAUAAAUGUUUGUCUUAAGAAAUAAGUAAAGCCAUUGCAACAAAAUUUUAAUCAAUGACAAUAACAGACAUCUAUCAAGAAUUUUUACAUGAUAAAAUUUGACUGGACAUCCAAGUGUCAAUAAUACAAGCAAGUUAAAAAUGUGUGAUGCUAAAAAACUACAAACAAAUCUGAAAAAAAUAUAGAGAAAGGAAAAGGAUGUUUUUUUUUCAGAAAUGCUUGUGUGCAUUGUAGCCUCAGUAAAAUUUUACAGCAUUAAAAUCGCAUGGUAUUGUAGGCUAGAUUUCCUAGUGAAGGCUAGUUCCUGAGAUUUGUUCAGGAUUAAUUGAAAUAACAGAUCUAUGCAGGAUUGGGUUGAUUCUCUGCCUUAACCUUAUUUAAAAUUAUACUGUUGCAUGUAUAUUUUUUAUAUUAAAAAAUGGUGCAACCAUUUUCGAGUUCUUUUCAUAAAUCCUGAAAUUGAGUGGUGGUGACGCAGUGCUGUCCUGAGUAUGGGUGCCCGUACAAUCAUGAAAAAUCAAACUUAAAAAACGUGAGAAAACUGCUAUGCACUAAACCUGUAUGAUGCCUUUUAAAAAAAACCUUGAUGCCUGUAGACCUAGAAAUUGUAGAGACGCUUUAAUAUAUUACUAUAUAAAUACCUAAACAUUUGUAGUCCUGUAUAAGAGUAAAGUUUUUUUUUCUUUUUAUGUAUCUGCCUUGUUAAGGAUUCAAUACAAGGGUCUUAAUAGAUUUAUGUGUGCGCGUGUGUGUUCCUGGUUAUUUCUAGAUACAAGACUGUUAACAUACUUUCUGAAAUUCAGUGUUGAAGAAGCACACAAAUGCAUUGGGCUAUGCAAACUAAGAUCACAACAGUACUUUGAAUUCUGGCACACUGUUGGCAUCCUGUUUGUGUAAAAGUAUACAGUUGCAGAUUAACUUAUUGACACUCUUUGCUAAACUCGGUUCAUUCACUAGGGAUCUUCACUCCUGUUCCUUGAUUAUGGAUCCAUGCGAAAUACAUUUUGGAAAGAUAUAAUUGAUGAAUAAGUAUAGUUUAGUAACCAAUAUUGAUUCAAGUUCAUUAAUUGGUAAAUAACAUUGUUUCAAAUAUAGAGGUGCCAGUACUUUCUCUGUGAAUGUAUACAUAUAUACACCUGCACAUACAUUUGUGUACUUAUAUAUAUUUAUAUAUACACAUUUACGCAUAGAGAAAGAUGCCUCUGUUCUCUGAAAGAUGUGCUGUUUUUUGUUUUCUGACUUUUUGAUAAAAUAAAAACAACUGUAGGAAAGCCUUAACACUUGUAAAGUUUUAAAACUACUAAUUUCUGAGUCAACUGUGUGUAAUCUUUUCUGUGGAUUGUUUUAGGAAGAAACAUGUAAAAGUGGUACCAGGUGAAAAAUAAAAGAUGAGAGAUGGCGGAGUGUUCAGAUCAUUAGGCUGCACCUCAAGAUGUGGAGGAAGUAAGCCAGCCUGCAAGUUCCCCCUGAACUGUGUCAAAAAGGAACUGUAGUCCUUUUUAUUACCAAAGAUUUCAAAAAUAAGAUGUAUUUCAUGGUUUGAGACAAAAAGAAAAAACUUGCUUUAAAAACUCUAUUUUUGAUACUCUAAGAUGGAUGUCAUUCCUAAAGGUCGGGGUGGGGGGAGUAAAAAAUAGUUUGUAACAUAAAAGAAGGGAAAUACAGGUUAAGAAUUCUUUUAGCUAAUGUUUACAGAGCCUUGUAUUGUAAUUUCAUGUACAUUUUGUAUUUUAACAUUUUGUAAUUUUUAAGAUUGCAGUGCUUUUUGGAGAUAUUCAAAGGGAGUAGAUAUCUUGCAUUGUAGACUCGCAAUUGGUAGUGUAAAAAUAAAACUUCAAAUGCAGAAAUAC